AUGGCCGAGUCUUGGUUGCUGCUUUUCCUGGCCCUCGGGUGUCCAACCCUGCCCACAGAGGGAACCUCUCUCCUGAGGCUGGCACAACAAGGCGUGGGCAGCACACCCUUCCCCUCUCUGGCCCCACCAAUCACACUGCUGGUGGACGGGAAGCAGCAGACGCUGGUGGUCUGCCUGGUCCUCGACAUUGCACCCCCUGGCUUUGAGAGUCCCAUCUGGUUCUCAGCUGGCAAUGGCAGCUCACUGGAUGCCUUCACCUAUGGCCCUUCCCCGGCAGAGGAUGGCACCUGGACUCGCUUGGCUCAGCUCUCCCUGCACUCCGAGGAGCUGGCAGCCUGGGACACCUUGGUCUGCCACACGGGGCCUGGAGCUGGGGACCACAGCCAGAGCACACAGCCCCUACGGCUGUCAGGAGACGCUUCCUCGGUCAGGACCUGCCUCUGGGAGCCUCUCAGGGGGACGCGGGCCCUGGUGCUGCGACUCGGGGCGCUGCGGCUGCUGCUCUUCAAGCUGCUGCUGUUGGACGUGCUGCUGACCUGCAGCCGCCUCCGCGCCCCUCCCGCCGCGCGGGAGAACCCGGCCGGGGCGUCUGGCCCUGGGGCCCCCGGUCUCCCCGCGCCCUCCGAGGUCCCCCAGGCGGAUAGCCGCCUCCUCUCGCAGGGACCGUCCGCAGGCCCCGCCGACCGGAUUCGCUGCAGUCAUGAGGGGACCACAGGCCGAAGUCUCAGCGUGUCCGCCUCGCCGGCGCUGGAGCCCCGGGACCGCCGCCGCCGCCGGGUUCACACCCGCCGUCCCUGCCGGGAUCCCAGGAACCCAGUCUGGGGGGAGGGGCCGCCGGUUCUCAGGGCCUGGAGCUCGGGACCCGCCUUCAGUCUUCCCACCUCAAGCCUUGGAGCAUUUCUCUAUACUCUGCCUCCUCCAACUGACCCGAGCUUCCCCGGGGGCUAG